AUGGUUGAUGCUCAAGCAAACUCUGUGAAGGUCGAAGUAUUCAGAUUAGAGGCAGCAUUUAUGAGCCAUGAAAAAGCCAACUGGCCCGGGGAAUCGCAAGAAAACGAUACGCCUGGCCACACAAGUGUUCAAAACAUCGAUGGCAACGGACUCGACGAACCCCGACCUAAUAUUCAUGGCGAUGAUGUUGAGACGGGGCGAGAAGAUGCUGGAGAUGGCACGAACCCCGAGUUUCUUGUUGGCUGGGACGAGCCUGAGGACAAAGAUCCAGCGAACCCAUUAAACUGGAAGCCUCUACGAAAAUGGGGUAUCAUCGCUGUCUUGUCCUCGAUCACAUUUUUGACGCCGCUUGCAUCUUCAAUGUUCGCACCCGGUGUACCCCAAGUCAUGAGCGACUUCGAUAACGACUCCUCUAUCCUCGCAACCUUUGUCGUGUCGAUUUUCGUCCUCGGCUUUGCGAUCGGUCCGCUGCUGUUGGCCCCUUUAAGUGAGAUGAUUGGCAGGACAGUGGUCUAUCAUGUAUGCAAUGUUGGGUUCAUUGGGUUCAGCGUCGCUUGCGCACUUGCCACCAACAUGGAUAUGCUUGUGGCUUUUCGCUUCUUUGCCGGUUUUGUUGGAGUGGCCGCCAUAACAUGCGGAAGUGGCACUAUUGCAGACAUGAUACCUCAAAAAGAAAGAGGCCGAGCGAUGGCCGCUUGGUCAAUGGGUCCUUUGCUAGGACCAAUUCUGGGACCUGUCGCAGGAGGAUUUUUGGUCCAAGCCAAAGGAUGGCGGUGGUCCUUCUGGGUCAUAGCAAUAUGCGCUGCUGCAGUCACCGUGGCUGCUUUCCUUGUCCUUCGAGAAUCAUACGCUCCGGUGUUGCUCGCCAGAAAAGCCCGCGAGCUCAGGAAAAAAAAGGGCAAUCCACUGUAUCGCUCGAAGCUCGACAAUGGAGAGCCUCAGAAACAGCUGUGGGCCAGAUCGCUUGUCCGGCCCGCCAAAAUGCUUUUACUAUCACCGAUUGUCAGCCUCAUGAGCGUUUAUGUGGCAGUGAUGUAUGGAGUGCUGUAUAUUCUUUUCACCACAUUCACCUUUGUCUACCAGGAUCAGUACGGGUUUUCCGCUUCGUCGGCUGGACUCUCGUUCCUAGGGGCUGGGAUCGGUACGCUCCUAGGGCUGUUCUUCGUUGGAGCUGUCAGCGAUCGUGUCGUCAAAAAAGCAAUCGCCACCCGUGGUUCGGCAAUGCCCGAGGAUCGCUUGCCCUGGAUCGUUAUUGUCCCAGCCGGGCUGUGCCUUCCCGUAGGUCUCUUCAUAUAUGGCUGGGGUGUGGAUCGGCGUGUCCAUUGGAUCGUCCCCAUGAUCGGCAAUGCCGUCACUGGCUUUGGCAUGAUGGGGGAGCUCAUGUGCAUUCAAACAUACCUCGUUGAUGCGUUUACGAUUCACGCAGCUAGCGCCAUCGCGGCCAACGCGGUCUUGCGAAGCCUUCUGGGAGCUCUUCUGCCGCUUUGCGGUCUCAAGGUAUAUCAUGCUCUAGGAUUUGGCUGGGGUAAUUCUUUGCUGGGAUUCGUCGCCUUCGCCCUCACACAAGUUCCUGUGUUCUUUAAGCUCUACGGCCAGAGGAUUCGCCAAAACCCCCGGUGGCAGGUCAAGCUCUAG